AUGAAAUUCAUACAAUUUAUACAUUUACUUUCAUUAUUGAGUAUUGUUAUAUCAUUACAAGAUUCUUAUACUUUAGAUUCUAAUAUAUUUGAAUUAACUUCAUCAAAUUUUAAUAAAGUAAUUCAUAAUUCAAAUUAUACUUCAAUUGUAAAAUUUUAUGCACCAUGGUGUCAAUAUUGUCAGAAACUUAAACCUGUGUGGACAAAAUUAGGUAAAUUUAUAAAUGAUUCAAAAUAUUCAAUAAAUGUUGCUAGUGUUAAUUGCGAUAAAGAUUAUAAUAAACAAUUAUGUUCACAAUAUAAAAUUUCAGGUUUUCCGACUUUGAUGGUUUUUAGACCACCAAAAUUUAGCAAAGGAGCAGCAAGUGUAAAUACUAAAAAUCAUGCUUCGGAAGUUUAUAAUGGUGAAAGAUCAGUUAAAUCUAUUGUAAAUUUUAUAACUUCAAGGAUUAAAAAUUAUGUUAAAAAAUUUCACAAUAUAAAUUCAGAUGGUUUAAAAGAGUGGUUAGAAGAAAAAGAAGGAGGAGGAGGAGUCAAAGUUUUAUUAAUAACAAAAGCAAAUUCAAUUAGUCCUUUAUUGAAAUCAUUAGCUAUUGACUAUUUAAAUAAAGUGGAUUUUGCAAUGAUUGGUAAAUUAAACGAAGAUUCAAAAUUACUUGAAAUUGAUGGAGUGGAAGUUACUAUCGCACCAAGUACAUCAUCUACAUUAUUAUAUUAUGAUAAAGAAGAUCAUAAAUUUAUUAAAUAUGAAGAAAGUAAGAAAUUAAAUGAUAAAUUACAAAUUGAAAAAUGGAUAUCAAAAAUUUCAAACAUUUCACCAGUUGAAGGUCCAUUAUCUAAAAAAGGUAAAAAGUUUUCAAAAUAUAGAGGUGUUAAAAAAGUAGAACAUGAUGAAUUAUGA